CUGAAACACCCCCCACUCUCCCCCCCAGGUUAGGGACUGGGGGGGGGGGAAGGGGACGGGGACGGGACUUCCCUCAAAAUCCUGAAAAGAAGCCUUAAAAAAAAAAAAUCUCUAAAAUAAUAAUUAAAGAACUCGUACGACUAUGAGGAACGGCUGGGGUUUGUUUAGUCUCGAGAAGAGGAGGCUCAGCGGGGGCCUUUUUGCUCUCUACAACUACCUGAAAGGAGAUUGUAGUGAAGUGGGGUUCAGUUUCUUCUACCGUGCCUGCAGUGAGAGGACCAGAGGAAAUGCACUUAAGAGCACCCUGGCUUGUGAAGUGUUACCUGGUUAAACUGGAAGUGAAGCAGGACAACGCCAGCCCCUCCUGGUCCAAAAAAAGGGCUCGCCUGCUGACUCUGCUCCCUCGGGAAAGAUGGGAAAGGGCUACAAAGUGGUGGUUUGUGGAAUGGCCUCAGUGGGAAAGACUGCGAUUUUGGAGCAGCUUCUCUAUGGAAAGCAUACUGUUGGCUUAGAAGAGGGUGCCACAAUGGAAGACGUGUAUUUGGCAUCGGUGGAGACAGACCGAGGUGUGAAGGAACAGUUACGGCUUUAUGACACCAGAGGUCUGCAGGAGGGCGUAGAAUUGCCAAAACACUAUUUCUCUGUUGCUGAUGGCUUUGUUCUGGUGUAUGCUGUGACCAGCCUUGAAGCCUUCCAAAGAGUUGAACUGCUCAAAAAGGAGAUCGAUGUCUUUAGGGACAAAAAGGAGGUAACAGUUAUUGUCUUGGGAAACAAAACUGACCUCCUGGACCAAAGGCAAGUGGAAACAGAAGCAGCACAGCAAUGGGCAAGGGCUGAGAAAGUAAGACUGUGGGAAGUGACUGUGACAGAUCGGAAAACACUGCUUGAACCCUUCACCUUCUUAGCUAGCAAACUGUCCCAGUCCCAGAACAAAUCAACAUUUCCCUUGCCUGGAAGGAAGAGCAAAGGGAAUAACUGUGAUAACUAGGCUAGCCUAGCAUUGUCUCCUGCUGCCAGGUCACAGUCUAAGUCCUUUUUGUGCCAUUUGCUUCUUGCAGUUUCACUUAAAGCAAUAAUCUCAUUCAGCAAUAAAAUCAGCAAGAUUAUAGCUAAGAGGUAUCCUUUCUUCUCACAGACUUGGCUUGAAAAAGUGGUGGUAAAAAACCUAAAGAAGCUCUUCAUGAGAGCAGUUAUCUUGCAACAAGGGUUAUGAAGACAGAAGGGAUAGAUGGACACCUCUUUAUCAGGGGCUUUUACUAUGCCUGGAUGCAGCCAUGUUGAGGGACAAAUCAACAAGCUUACCAUUAAGCAAUGGCCUUGCAGAUCUGUAGCCUCUAGUCACAAAUAGUAUUAGCUGCAAUAAAGCAAUUUGGAGAGACAGUAUGUUUGAAAUGGCAGUAGUUCUUUUACCUUGACCUUAAAUAGAGCCACAAAGCAUACUGAUGCUGCAGAAGGCUGAGGUCAGUGUCUUGUUGCAGGAGAAGGGUAUGGGGAAGGAGAAAUGAUUACCAGAUUUAGCCACUGAUAUUAUGCUAGUGUCUGGAAGGAAAAAAACCCACCCAAAAUCAUACAAAAACACCCCUCACAUCUUCUGGGAAAUACUAGACCAGAUCUACCCUGACAUGAAGCUCGUCAACAAAGUCUGGCAAUCAGUGCUUUCAGCUCAAGAACUCAUUUGUUCUCAUUUGUGACCAGAAAAGCUCUCAGAGCACUCCUUAAUUUAACUGCGACCUGACGGACAAGAUAGCUGUAUGUGGGUUUGUUCCAGCAUGUCCAGUACAAAUCAGUCACAGUCACAUAGGUGAUAAUUGUACUGAGAAAUUAUACAGAGCAAUUUUGUAUGCAGGAGGUACUGCCUGGGCUCUGCUUAGUGCAUUGCAUAACACUCCCACCCGGCUGCUCAGCCAAGCUGCAGCAAUCCACCCCCUGUACGAAGCUACAGGCCAGAUAAUAACUGGUACAAAGUGCUGUACUGCUCUGUGAGAGCGGGCUAGGGAGUGUAGGGGGCUGCCUUUUGGGACUAUCCUCAUGGAAAACACCCAGAAAUACCUGUACCAAAUGGGUUUGGACUUAUCAUGCUGCACAUUGUCCAGCAGCAGGAGCACAACUGGAUGUGCUGUGUUGACUCAGUGCUGGUGAAGGUAAACCUGUGCUGCAGGAAUCUGCUGUCCUAGGUCAGCCUGUCAGUAAAGUUAACAAAAGGGGAUAUAUAUAGAGGGACAGAAUGAGCAACUGUUCCCAGAGACAGUGGCCAGUUUUUGGCAUCUCAACAACCUCCUGUACUAAAAGAUGCUACCUUUUCUUUAUAUUUGAAGACAAGAGCAGGGAGAGGGAGUGAACAUAAAUACCCAGUUCCUGCAGUUUUCACUGCUGUUUUGAACAGAUACCAAGAAUUCCACUGUGAAGCAGCAAAACCACAAGCAAUAUUUGCCGUGUCAUAUCAUAACUGCUAAAUAGUGUGCUUAAUGAUCACAAUUAAGCUUAUAGUAUUGCUCUUCCUGAAUACUGGUUAAUAAAGUCUGUCAGCAUUACUGAUGUCAGAGCAGCAGUACACUUCACUAAAAACGAAGCAGGUAUCCCUACCAUUAUAAUGAAGGUAGAUGAAACUGUUUAUGUGCUUUGCUCAAUAUAGUUUGGAUUGCUGUGGCCAAGGAGUAAGAUAAGAGAGCAAUUAUGAAUGAGCAAGCUCCUGCACUGCCCUGCUAGAAACAUACAAUUGUUUCCAUUGCAACACUGCAGCUGAGUAAGCACUACAGCAUGACCUCCUCCAACCUGGCUAGUAAUAGUCAUUGUCCCCAGUGAUUCUGCAGGACAACACCCACUACUCACUCAUUUCCUACUGAACACACGUGUACUCCAGGCUUCUCCCUGCCCAGAAGACUCCAUAUCUGCCUGCAUGCUUGGGAAGUAGAGGUGACUUCAGAGCAGCAGCGGUUCACCUCCUUGCUGCAACCUCUUACCAAGGAAUGGGUCACGUUCCCCUUCUUCGGCUCUGCAGAAUCCUUCUUCUAGAAGGGACUUGAAUCAGCUUUGGAUGAAUCAAAAUAUGUGAAGACAUCUACUAACAUCACAUCAUCACUGAAGCUCACCCUUGAGCAAAGGGAGUACAGGUUGACACGUCAGAAUUAACUUAAAACGUGUGGAGAUGGAAAGAAUGGAGAUGACUGGUUCCUGUCCAGCUCUGCACGCCGCAGACUCAGUGCCAAUUCUACUGCCAAGACUGAUGUCACCUGUAGGCUGCCAGAGCUGUGCAGUGGAAGUGUAGCUUGCUCACCUGCUCCCCUGGACUUCCUGGACUUGACAAUAUUUAAAGACAAGCAAGACAAAAAGGAUCUUCCAAGUGACUAAGGCCAUUUUUUCAAAUAGGUUAUGUAAAGGCAAACACGUUAUCUUUGAUUUGGUUAAUUCACUAGAAAUGAGUUUAGAUCAUUCAAUGCAUUCACAUAAAAAACCACCACCCACUGUUUUCUUUCAUAAGCUUACUCUGAUGCUUUUUAAGCACUCGAAUAAUCUAUUCUAAAUACCAUAGUAUUUUAUUGACAAGUUAUGGAAAACAUAGUGUCUCCUCUGCAAACAAUGUACAUACAGUGGCUGGUACUGAGUGAAAAUGAAACUUGCUGUAGUACAGUUUUGCAUAGGGUUAAUAAGUAAAGUACAGAGUAGUUUAAAGGGCAGAACACAUAUUUUGUUCUUACUGUUCCACUGACUCAAAGCCUGUUCUAGGUCACUGGGAUCACUUACCUUCUGCAAAGCUAGAGUUCCUUCACGAGCUAAUGGGGAAAAAUUGUUAAAAAGAAGAAAAAUAAAUUAGUAAAUUGUACUAUCUUUCUCUGUUCUUCUUAAACCUCUAACCUGCUGAAUACCCACUGUACAGAUCAGUCACCCUCACCAGCUACAACAGUUAAUUUGGCAUGUCCUAGUAGCACAAAGCAAGAAGCUGGCAAAAACCUACUGAGAUUUAACCAUUUACAUCUUUACUCAGUAAAGGAGAGGAGGGAAAGAUGACCAGAGAUGCUCCUGGUGUGAUGUAGCUAUAUACCAAACAGCCAAACAGCUGAGGGGACUCAUACACCUAAACAUACACUGUGUCAAAAGACUGCAGUUCAGCUGAUGAGGCUAAGGUACUACUACCCACAGCCACCCAGCAAAGGAAAGGGCACCUCUAAUUAACAGCUUACUUUGGAGCAAGUUAGAUUGGCUCUGUAUCUAGAUAGGAAGAGAAGUAUGUAAAUAAAAUAUAUAUGGAAUUUAUUUUAAAGUACCAACCCAAAUCUGAGAGUGCAGAUGACCACGUGGCACCCAGAAGAAUUUCACAAGGUGAAGUACUCGCCAUGUGAAAAUGAAUCUGUGCUUCCGGCCUUUACCUUAAGGGAGUGGUCUGAAAUGCCAUAUCCACAACUAACUGCCCUGUUGCUACACACCUCAAUGUAAACACCAUGUCUCUAGGAGAUAAUCUUUAUAGGUAGUUAAAGGAUCUACAGAUUAAGUCUCCUUUACAGUCUCCUGCUAGCUUACCAGGACACGAUUCCUUCUCCUCUUCCAAGUCCAAACAGACCACUCCAUCAGAAAAGCAUCAAGAUAUUUUUUUCUUCCUUUUACCUCCUGCCUCUUUCCCUUCUAGAUUGCUUACACUUUUCCAGUUGUACUUUCACAAAACAUGCCAAUCCUGAAGAGGCAAUGCU